UCAUAUUUUCAGGAUAUGGCUUUUAAAAAGGUUGUAUUCCUUUUCUUCCUGUCCUUUUUCACAGUUUCUGAGGCAAUAGCAAGUCAGUAUGAGAUUCUUUGGAAGACUUUAAACUCUGUCAAAGACACUGAUUUGACAUGCUUGCUAGUUGUUAUUGGUCUGGCCAACGAACUGAAAAUACCAACCAGUGAGAAGAAUGUGACAGUAUUGCAGCUAUCAGGAACUUCAGAGCUUGAACCUUACACAAACCUCAUAAAUCAGUCAGGAUGUGUUAGGUUUAUUGUUGAUUCUAAUGCUAAUAUCCACCUAGUGGAGGAACUCUGCAAUAAACCAACUUCUUGUCUUACAAUCUUCCUUGCAGAUCAAACAACACAGAAAAUCUCCCUUUAUGCUAAUGUAGAUCCGCAGUUGGUGCGUGUGCUGGUUAUUCCAAAAAACCCUGAAUCAAAGAAUUAUGCUAUCAAACUGGUUUGUCCUUACUGCAGGAAAAAGGUUAUAAUUGCAAACCUUUGGAAGAAAUCUGGAAAGCUGUUAUAUGAGAAAUCAAAUAUUAAAUGUUGCUUUUACCUGUCAGACCGUGGAGUAUUUAGAGUACAAACCUUUGUGACUCAAACAGAAGUCAAUGAUCCCUCAAAUCAGCUAAGAGAUGAGAUUAUCAAUGGAAAAUUGGUUGUAAACGCAAAAUCAGGUGCAAACCUGAGAUUCUGGUAUCUCAUGUCAACUUUGUAUCAUUUUGACAUUGAAAUUAUUGAUGCUCCAAAUACUUUGGAGUGGAAAAGUAAUCUGUUAGCCAAGAAGUUUGAUCUGAUCCCAUUCUCAAUGACCUCCUUAUUGGCUGUAGAUGGUGCUUAUGAUAAUGUGUUUAUCGGUAGAAUGGGUGCCUAUACUGAUAGACCUAUCAUGCUAAUGUGCCCAGUACCAGAGAUCAAACCAAAAUAUUUUAACAUUAUAAAACCAUUUUCAUUUGACUUAUGGAUAGGACUGAUUGUAGCACUUAUUGGGAGCUCUCUUGUAUUUCAUCUGUUUCAAGUUCACAGCAAGGAAGAAUCUUUACUGGACCUGCAAAAUUCCAUUUUUCAUAUUUACGGAAUGGUUUUUAAUAAUUAUGGGAAAAUUAAAGGUCCUGGAAAAUAUUUUAUUGGAGCAGGAUGGGCAGUGUUUGUCAUGUUCUUCAUAUUCUUCUUUAAUAGCAAACUCAGUGCUUACUUAAUCAGUUCAGACUAUAAUGAUCCAAUAGAGAGCUUGGAAGAUCUCGUUUAUAAAUCCAACUUAAUCCUUACAAUUGCAUCAGACCGGCAAUGGGCCCUAGAAAAUGAGAAAUACUACCGUACUCUAGAAGAGCUUGGUCGAUUGAAUGAUGUUGGAGGAGCUAAUGAUUUCAAAUAUGCAAAUAAAACUCAUUGUGCUGCUCACAUCAUUGCUACUUCAGAGGAUGGUAUUUCUAGAAAUCGGGUGGAUUAUGGGGAACCAAUUGUAAGAAUAGGAAAAGUUCCCUACAUAUAUGAUGAAGGGAUUUCUUUUGCAUGUAGAAAAAAAAAUAACUUCUGUGAAGAGCUUGAGAAUAAAUUUAUCUUGGCUGUAGAGUUAGGAAUAUUCAAGAAAAUAGAAUCACAGUUCAUCAGGAUUUCUAAAGCGCAGAAGAUUCAAACGCCAGCCAACUCCCUGGCCCUGGAACACUUCCUCCUUCCCUCCAUUAUUCUACUUGGAGGAAUAUUAAUUUCAUUCCUUGUGUUUAUUCUAGAACUCGCCAAACAAUCAAAAUAAAAGAUUUAAUGUUUA